AUGAGAAAACUUGUGGGCACUCGACACUUGCGGUCGGAAGGUACAAAACGUCUCGUCUUCUCAUCGUCGUUAUCAUCUGGAAAAUCUCUUAAAAAGCAUCAAAAUGGACUCGGAGUUGAGGAUGCAAAAUCUUCUUCGUUGUUAUUUAAUAAUGGCUCUGGUCGUCGUGGAGGUAUCCGAUUGAUGAUGGAAGCUUGCGAGAGUUUUCAAGAAAGAAAUUUUCAUCAUCCAAUGAAUCCUCAUCGCAAGGAAUUGCAAUCGGUGGUGUAUCAAGAAAAAUCUCUUAAAGAAGGAGAUGUCAUUGAUGGGUGGGUUUUGGAAACAAUUCAAGAAUUGAAGGAAUUUGAUUUGGUGGCAUAUCGUUUAAAACAUACACAAACAGGAGCUGAAUAUUUACAUUUAGACGCUCCUUUUGAUAUGAAUAAUUGUUUUGCCAUUACAUUUGAAACACCUCCAAACGAUGACACUGGAAUACCACACAUUUUAGAGCAUACAACAUUAUGUGGAAGCGAGAAAUAUCCUGUCCGAGACUUGUUCUUUAACAUGAUGAAGAGAAGCUUAAAUACCUACAUGAAUGCAUACACAGCUAGUGAUCAUACGACAUAUCCAUUUAGUACUCAAAACGAAAAAGAUUUUUAUAAUUUAAUGUCUGUUUAUUUGGAUUCUACACUAAAACCUAGAAUUUUGAACACAGAUUUCAAACAAGAAGGUCACAGAUUAGAAUUUGAAAAUCCUCUCGAUCCAAAUUCUCCAUUGAAAAUUAAAGGAGUUGUCUAUAACGAAAUGAAAGGAGCUAUGAGUGACAGUAAUCAGUUUUUCGGCACGCAGUUACACAAAGCCAUUCUUCCUGGUACAAUUUAUGCCUUCAACAGCGGUGGAGAGCCGCAAGCUAUUCCCAAUCUAACUUAUGAAGAAUUGAAAAAUUUCCACAAGCAAAACUACCAUCCAAGUAGAGCGAAAAUAUUUACCUAUGGUUGUUUCUCCUUCCUAAAGCACAUUAAAUUCAUGAAUGAGAAUGCCUUUUCAAAAUUCUCAGCACUUCCGCCAAGAAAGGUCCCAAAGCAAGUGAAAAGAUUUACUGAACCAAAGAGAGUUGAGGUUUUAGGACCUCCUGAUUCUAUGGUCAUUGAUGAACAGAAACAAACCAAAUUUGCCAUUGCCUAUGUGAUGAAUGACAAGAGUGAUGCAUUCGAAACAUUUUCUCUUUCAUUUCUUUCAGCAUUGUUAAUGGACGAACCAAGAGGUGUAUUCUAUAAGAAUAUUAUUGCUUCAGGAUUGGCUCCUGAUUUUGCUCCUUACUGUGGAUUUGACUCGAGUGUUGGUGAUCCAAUAUUCACGAUUGGAGCUCAAGGUAUUGCUAAGGAUCAAGUUGAGGCCGUAGAGAAGGCCAUCGACGAUACAUUCCAUGAAGUAAUUGAGAAUGGAAUUGAUCAAGGACUGAUUGAUACUGUUCUUCAUAGCUUGGAGUUGUCCAUCAAGAAAAAGUCUCCAAACUUUGGUGUCAAUAUUUGUUUUCCAGUGUUCUCAAAUUGGAUUCACAAUGAUGAUCCAAUUAGCACAUUCAAAAUUAACUAUUACUUGGACAGACUGAGAAAGGAAUUGGAAAAUCCAAACUUCUUCAAAGAUAAGAUUAAGAAAUACUUCCUCAAUAAUACUCAUAAGGUCAUUUUUGUGAUGAAUCCAGAUCCCAAUUACUUUGAUAAGCAAGAAGCCAUGGAAGCAGCAAAGCUCGACUCAAUUGUGAUGGCGCUUUCUGACUCUGACAAGACACGAAUCGUUGAGGAAUAUAAGGAAAUGGAGGAAACCAAAGUUGAGCAGGCAAAGAAUGUUGAGAUUUUACCAACAUUAACUGUAGAUGAUCUUUCGAGAAAAAUUAUUGAUGUACAAAUGGUUCAACUCGUGAAGGAAAAAGCCGAGCCUGAAUUUCAUAUGAAUGUUGUGAAAGGUACCAAUGGAAUUAUUCACGUGACAUCCAUAGUUCCAUUCUCUCUUGGCGAAGUUCCAGAACAUUUACAAAAAUUCGUUCCAAUAUUUGGAGAUCUUCUUGUAAGAGUGGGAACAAGCAAGUGGAAUUACCUCCAACUCGCUCAUCAAAUUGAACUCUAUACCGGUGGAGUUGAUGCCUCUCCUGUUCUCGUUCCAAGUCUCGAAAAAAUCGAUGAAUUUUCGUUUGCUCUCAAAUUUUCCUCUUAUUGUUUGGAACGAAAUGCAGAGAAAAUGGUCGACUUGAUGAGAGAAAUUUACACAGAUGUGAACUUCCUUGGAGAUUUGAAUUUCUUACAAAAUUGCAUUGAUCAAGCUGCAUCUGAUGCUGCAAGUGGAAUCUUACACAGUGGACAUCACUAUGCCAAAACUCAUGCUGCUGCUAACAUUUCAUUCUAUGAUUCAUUGAUUAAUGCCACGAGUGGAAUUGAUGCCAUGAGGUUCUUGAAACAGCUCUCCACGGAAGCCAAUACUGAACUCAUUGCCACCUCACUUCAAGAACUUGUGCCUUAUUUAUUGAGAAAGAGAAAAGAUGAAAAUUCUCAUUACCUGCGAAGAGCACCAACGUGA